AUGGCGUCCAAAAUAAUUGUUAUUGGAAAUGUGAACUGCGAGCUACGAGAAGUCUUUACUAAGCUCGCCAAGCUUCAAGCCAAGCAAAACUUUUCCUUUGCCAUCAUUGCCGGCGACCUCUUCGGCGACUGCACGACAGAGAAAGAACUUGACGAGGUCAGUGCACUGCUACAGGAGACUAUUGUCGUCCCUCUUCCGACCUAUUUCGGCCUCGGAAGCAGGCCACUUCCGACGCGGGUGGUAGAGAGAAUAGAGGCAAAGGAUGAGGUGUGCUCCAACCUGUAUUUCCUGGGGAAGCGCGGCACCCUUAAGACAUCAGAAGGAAUAAGACUCGUGUCUCUUGGUGGAACACUGGAGACUGGAAAACAGAGUAACAGAUUUCACCCGGCGUAUACAGAUGCAGACGUGCGGGCUCUUUAUGGAACAAAUAAUGCGGACAUCCUAAUCACACACCAAUGGCCGAAGGGAAUCCGAACAGGGUCCAAAGUCCAACUUCAGGAUGAUGUCACUACCACAGAAGAAACACAACCUCUUGCAGACCUCUGCUCAACUUUGAAGCCACGCUAUCACAUUUCAACCUCAGACGACCUUUUCUACGAACGUGAACCCUUCUUCCACAUGCCCAGCGAAGAAGAGCCUGACGCUAAACCCCUAACCCGCUUCCUCAGCUUAGCAUCCUACAACAACCCCUCGAAGCAAAAAUGGAUGUACGCCUUCAGCCUUGAUCCCAAGGCACCCCAUCCACUCACUGUGCCCAUGGGUGCAACCGCCUCCCCGCUGGGCCCCGUCCAAACAAAGCGCAAAGGUCUCCCAAGCCAGCGUGAAUCGUACCAUCGCUUUGCAGGCCCCGAGGACCACGGCCAGCGUCCCCGGAAACGCGCGCGAGGACCCCCUCCAGGACCGCAGGAGUGCUUCUUUUGUCUAUCCAACCCCAACAUCGCAACACAUCUUGUCACCUCCAUUGGAAACGAAUGCUACCUGACCACCGCAAAGGGGCCGUUACCAUCCGCUAAGACGUUUCCUGAACUCGGAUUCCCAUCACACAUCCUCAUCAUCCCCUUCACGCACACACCUACUCUCAACACAAUCACAGAUAAAGAAGCCCGUCUGUCCACCUACAUCGAAAUGCAGCGCUACCGCACCUCCUUACAUUCUAUGCUUAAGCAACACGCGAGUAAUAAACUCGGCGCGGUAACAUUCGAAGUCAGCCGCGGAAACGGCAUCCAUAUCCACUGGCAAUUCGUCCCCAUCGCCUCCGACACGAUUACGCGCGGUCUUGUCGAGGCGGCGUUCAAGGUCGAAGCGGAGAAUCUGAGCUAUCCCAAAUUCGAGCCCCCAUCUGAGGCUGCACGUGAAGAUCCAAGCGCUGAACCAGGUGAUUUCUUCCGCGUCUGGAUCUGGGCUCCUUCUUCUGAAGAGGAACAGAGAAAAGACGCUAAACCAGAAGAAAGAUGUAUUAUCCUCCCCCUAACCCCCGACUUCCGCUUCGACCUCCAAUUCGGCCGCAGAGUCAUGGCCAAGUUAAUGGGUCUGGAAAAGCGAAUCCACUGGAAAGACGCGGUGCAGUCGCAGAAUGAGGAAGAGGCAGACGCGAAUGCAUUCAAGGAGGCAUUCAAGGAAUUCGAUUUCUCGCUAGAGUAA